CGGUCCCCCUGCGCCGCGCUGUGCUUGGGACGCGGCGCCAUGCGGGUGGCCUUGCCCGCGCUCUGCCGCGCCGCGGGGGCCGCCUGGCGAGAGAGCUUCCCCCUGGGCGGUCGGGACGUGGCGCGCUGGUUCCCGGGACACAUGGCCAAGGGGCUGAAGAAGAUGCAGAGCAGCCUGAAGCUGGUGGACUGUAUCAUCGAGGUCCAUGACGCCCGGAUUCCACUUUCAGGCCGCAAUCCUCUGUUUCAGGAAACUCUUGGGCUUAAGCCGCACGUGCUGGUCCUCAACAAAAUGGACUUGGCGGAUCUGAAGCAGCAGCAGAAAAUUAUACAACACUUAGAAGGAGAAGGCCUAAAAAAUGUUGUUUUCACCAACUGUGUGAAGGAUGAGAAUAUCAAGCAGGUCAUACCGCUGGUCAGAGGAUUGGUUGAGGGCAGCUACCGCUAUCAUCGAGGAGAGAACCUGGAGUACUGUGCCAUGGUGAUUGGGAUCCCCAACGUGGGCAAGUCCUCACUCAUCAACGCACUCAGGAGACAGCACCUCGGGAAAGGAAAAGCUACCAGGGUCGGCGGCGAGCCCGGGAUCACCAGAGCUGUGAUGUCCAGAAUUCAGGUGUGUGACCGGCCACUGCUGUUCCUGCUGGACACUCCUGGGGUGCUGUCCCCACGGAUUGAAAGUGUGGAGAUAGGCCUGAAGCUGGCCCUGUGUGGAACCGUGCUGGACCACCUGGUGGGGGAGGAGACCCUGGCCGACUACCUUCUCUACACCCUCAACAGGCACCGGCUCUUUGGACGGUCUCCUGACCCCGGUGCCGCACUGGCGGCCGUCGGCCUUCCGUCCUGUCCUCGAAUGUGCUAGGAACGGAGUCCCACGGUGUGGUUCCCUGCGCUCGACAAGCUAGCCCCCAGCCUGCUCCGUGUCGCGGCGUGUCGCUCCUUCCCGGCGGCCGCCGCACCGGCUUCUGUGGUACAGACGGAUGCACCCGUUUGUUCUUGCGGGGAGUGUGCGGGGAGCCGGGAGUUCCCUGGACGUCCUGUGUCGCGUUGAGGACCUCAGUGCCCCGGACGCUCGUCAGUUUAGUGAUUUCUACCAAGAGCUGUCGGUCACAGUGACUUUCUCCGUCGUCUUUCUGUCUUUUAGUUCAUUGGUCACUGUUCGAUCUUUCCUGUUUCCUUCUUUCUGCUUUGCCGGCUUUCCUUCUGUCUCUGCCACCAGGCGCCGAGAGACGGUACUGAAGUCUCUGCCCGUGGCUGGUCUGUCUGUCCUUGCGGUUCUGUGUGUUUGCUUCACGCACUCCGAGGCUGUGCUGGGAGGUGCAGGGGACCGUCUGCGGGUCCUCCUGUCCCCCCGGAUUUGAUGCCCUCGUGGCUCAGAAGGGCCGCCUUGGUGCUGGCAGUUCUCUGCUCGGACAUCUGCCUCGUCUGGCGGGGACGCGGCGGCCGCUCUUCGUGUUAACGCGGGACCCUUUUCUUCUUUCACUUUUCGCUUUGUGUCUUUUUGUUAAAAAUGUGUUUCUCGCAGGCUGUGUACAGUGAGGUCUUGUUUCUUAUCCAAUCUGACCAUUUCUGUUUUUCAUUGUAAGUCUUUGCACUAUUCACACGUAAUGUGAUUAUUGUUGUCGGGUUAAACUUGUCAUCUUAUAGGGGCACCUGGGUGGCUCAGUUGUUAAGCAUCUGGCUUUGGCUCAGAUCACGAUCCCGGGGUCCUGGGA